AUGACCACAACACCACCAUCCCCUGCAAAGCCAUGGGCAUACCAACCAUGCAAAUUGGUACCAACACCCCAGUACUUGACAAACAAAACCGACAUUUUCACAACCGGUGCAACACACAUGGCGCACAUCCACAACGCCAUCCUCCGCGGCUACAACUCCAUUUAUCUGCAAGCCCCACAUGUCAAAGAGGAGGAUAAGGCUGCGUUUGUGGGUUAUGCAUUGACGUGGUAUAGGUUUGUGAAGAGCCAUCAUGAUGAUGAGGAGGCUGAGCUGUUCCCGAAAGUCGCGGAGGUGUUGGGUGGGAAAGAAGAAGAGGUAUGGGGCGCGACGCACAAAGAGCACCAAACUUUCCUUCAGGGUCUGGCCAAGUAUGAGAAGUAUUUAUUGAAUCUGUCCGCACCUUCAGAAUUUGAUGGUACCGAGCUGCGGACGAUUAUGGAGUCCUUCCAGCAACCCUUCGAACACCACUUCCACUCUGAAAUCACCCACAUCUCCUCCUUCGCCUCCCUCCCCUCCGCGCCUACUUCCGGCUCCUCCGAGGAGGCAGCAGCUGCAAGUGUUUUCAAGGCGUGGGGCAAGAAGACCGUAACCAAAGCCGGGACGACAGAUGUUGUGCCGUUUUUCUUGAUGAAUUUGGACACGACGUAUGAGGAGGGCAGGUGGACGAAUUGGCCGCCUAUGCCAGCGCCGGUGAGGUGGGGACUGGUGAAUGUGGCGGGAGCUUGGAAUUGGGGGUGGUGGAAGUUUGCGAGCUGUGAUAGUGCGGGAAGGCCGAGGGAGUUGUACGCUUUGGAGAAGUGA